GCUGAGCCGAUCUCCACAUCUCCCCCCGCUUGUCUCCGCACCCUCACCUCUCCUCGGGCAAGAUGAAGUUUCUCUCCCUCCUCCCCUUUCUCGCGCUCUGCGCAUCCGCCUCUCCUCUCCAUGCGCCCUUCCGCCGCGCCUUCCACCCCGUCGUGCUCUGGCACGGCCUGGGCGACAGCGCCUACUCGGAGGGCAUGCUCUCCCUCGCCGCCUCUCUGCGCGAUGCCUUCCCGGGCAUCUUUGUCCAUCUCGUCCACCUCGCCGACGACCUGGCGGCCGACCAGCGCGCCGGCUUCUUCGGCGACACGACGCAGCAGGUGAACGCGGCGUGUGAGCAGUUAAAGCAGGUCAAGGAACUGCAGGGCGGCUUUGAUGCCGUGGGCUUCAGCCAGGGAGGCCAGCUGCUGCGCGCCGUCGUGCAGCGCUGCGAGGGCGUGCAGGUGCGCAACUUGGUCACGUUUGGCAGCCAGCACAUGGGCAUCUCCGACUUCCCCGCCUGCAAGCCGGCGGACCUGCUCUGCCGGCUGGCCGAGGGCGCGCUGCGCGGCGGCGUGUACUCCGACUAUGCGCAGACGCACCUCGUCUCGGCGCAGUACUAUCGCGACCCCACGUCCGUCGCGGGCUAUGCGCGCUACCUCGCGACGAACCACUUCAUCGCCGACAUCAACAAUGAACGCGAGCGCAAGGGCGAGUACAAGGAGAGAAUGCAGGCGUUGGAGAGCUUUGUGAUGCUCAUGUUCGACAAGGACAUCACCGUCGAGCCGAAGCAGUCGUCCUGGUUUGCCUCGUAUCCCAUCGCCAACGCCUCUUCCUCCACGCUCGCGCAUGAUCCCGCGCUGGAGCCGACGCCGCUGCGGCAGAGCGUCAUCUACACGGAGGACCGCCUCGGGCUGCAGAGCAUCGACAAGCGUGGCGGCCUGCUGCUGGAGCUGUGCCGCGGUGUGCACAUGCAGAUCGACGAGGCAUGCCAGCGCCUCGUGUUUGGCAAAUACAUCGGCACCUCGCCCCCCUCGCGCCUCCUCCCCGGCGCGCUGCGCCGCCGCUGGGCGCGCGCCCUGUACGCCACGCUGGGCCUGCGCGGCGCCGCACUGCCCACCGAGGCACACGCGGCGCUGCUCCUCGCGCUCGCGGCGCUGCUGCAGGCGCUUGUGGUGUGUGCGGCGGCGGUGCGGCGCAGGAUGUUCGGCGCGAUUCGCCUUGCGUAGGUCUGCUAUGCUACCCUGGCGUGGAGCGGAGAGGGGAGAAAAGGGAGUGAAUGUAUAUAUCCAAAGGUCGCUGGAAAUCAGACUCGAUCGAUUCGCCC